AUGCUUCUACAUGCUUAUACCACAAAAGACCCUUCCCAGCGAUCGUCCACGCCCAACACAUCGAAUUCGGGAUAUUCGGACCUCGCCCCGGAACGUAUCACCAACGCGUCCGGGCAGACCAUGCUGAUGUUGGCAGCCUCGGCGGGACAUACCGAUAUCUGCCGUCUGUUGUUGUUUCACGAACGAUGGGGCACACAAGCUCUGGUCGAAGCGAAAGAUGCUAUUUAUCGUUGGACGGCGUUGCAUCAUGCAGCCGCCCAAGGUCACUCAGAGAUUGUUUCCUUGUUGUUGGAUUUCUCCGAAUCUCGUUCGCAAACUUUCGAGGGCUCUGCUUGCCCUGGUCUACGCUAGGAUCGCUAUCGCGUGAACAUGGCCGAUGUAUACGGUCGUACUGCACUACAUCGUGCCGUUGCAAAUGGACAUGUGGAGUGUGCGAAACUUUUGCUCUCACACGGAGCUCACGGUUCAACACGAGACUUCCGUGGUCGUCACGCGUUGCACAUGGCUGCGACAUGUGGGCGUACCGGGACUUUGGCUCUUCUCAUCUCACACAUUACUGAACGCCUGAAAGCUAAAGGCGAAUCCUUGGAUGGAGCCACCGCGUCGGACGAGCUUCAACCGUUGGACGAGUACGGUUUUAGCCCUCUACACUUUGCCGCUUAUCGCGGUCAUUUGGAAUGUAUGCGUCUGUUACUUAACUGUCACUGUUACAAACGAUUACGGGAUGGACGUAUUGAGUGUUUGCAACCACUAUUAGACCGAUUCGGUUCAGAACACUUGACCACCAAAGAUGCCGAGUCCAGGACCGUGCUCCAUAUUGCUGCACUGUGUAACCAAGUUACCUGUCUGGACAGAAUUCUCACCUUUGCCGAAUCCACUCGACCAAUCAAUCGGUCAGACGUGUCGACGUCAGAAUCCGGACAGCCGGUAACAACGGAACCGCUUACUCAAUCACUUCAUAUCGCCAAGUUGGUCAGUGCUCUAGACAAUGCGGAUCGAACCGCCCUGAUGUUGGCAGCCAGUUCUGGGUCGACAGGUGCGGUAGAGCGUCUUCUAACCGUGCACAACCACUGCAUCAAGGUUUUAAAUGACUAUCAUGAGUCGCAACCAGAGUGUCCGGAUGCCGAUUCAAUCGCGAAGAUCAUCGGACGAUUAUCGUUAGGAUUGCAAGACUCCACUGGACGAACUGCACUUCAUCACGCCUGCUUGGCAUCAGACGAUGCGCCCGGAUUGUUGAUUCUACAAGCAAUGCAAGACGAUACGUCCAUAUCCACUCCAGAUCUGCUCAAACGUACUCCUUUGCACCUGGCUAUUAGCUCCGGUUUGGCCGUGCUCGUCGAAGCUCUGAUCGCUCGAGGUGCCGAUCUGUAUGCAGUGGAUGCCAACGGUCUCAUCCCAGUCAUGUCCUGUGUCUCCUCGACCCAAGUUGCCACCUGUCUUUCGUUGGCCCUCGCGGCCAUGUUCCCGCCGUUGGAUGGCGCACCAGAACAUCCGUUUCUUCGGUCCAGCCAGUCACGUUCAUCCAAUUUGCACUCACGAGCAAGCAGUGUGCGUGACACGGAAAAGCCCGACUCGGAUGGGUUGCAGCUGAUGAGCGCAUCCAUGGUCCAGCCGUCUCGACCGAUGUUGGCCACGGUGGAAACAUUAUCAAACGGUCGUACAACUCCGCGACCGCUAUCCUAUCCGGGAUCGGAAUCGGAUUUUUUCUGA